AUGUGCGGUAUUACAGCGAGUAUCGCCCUUCCCCGUGCAGCUGUUGUCAAUCAACAUGUAAACGGGUAUAUUAACGGUCAUUCCAACGGGAAUGUCAAUGGGCACGUCAGCGGCAACAUUGCUUGUGAAAAUUACAGUCACAAUGACGCGCCUGCUGCAGGUCAUACCAACGGCUCAACACUUGAAAAGCUUCGGAACCAGCUUCAUGAUUCCCUCCGGAGAAUCGAACACCGGGGACCGGAUGAGUCCGGCAUCUGGGUCAGUCGGGAAGGCAGCGUAGGCCUAGGUCACUGCCGACUCUCGAUCAACGACCUUUCGCCAAGUGGAUCACAGCCUCUCACCAGCGACGACGGACAGAUCCAUGCUAUUGUCAAUGGCGAGAUUUACGAUCAUGACCGCCUGCGCAAGCUUUGUGCGACCGAGCACAACUACAACUUCCAAGGAGAGAGCGACAGUGAGCUUGUUUUAGCAUUGUACAAGAUCUAUGGCGCACCGGCCUUCUUUGAGCAUCUUCGCGGCGAGUUUGCAUUUGUUCUGUAUGACUCUCGGCCCGGAAGCAAGCGGAUCAUCGCCUGCCGCGACAGAUUCGGUAUCAAGCCGCUGUUUUGGACGAAAAUCCAGGGCAGACUUCUUCUGGCGGCGGAGAACAAGGCGUUUCUGGCCAUGGGCUGGGAGCCUGAAUGGGAUGUCCCCGCGAUGAUCGAUGGUGGGUGGAUGAUGGACGAUCGGACGAUUUUUAAAGGCGUGAAGAAGAUUUUGCCCGGACACUGGAUGGAAGUCACGGAUGACCGUGGAAUUGAGCUGCACAAGUAUUGGGAUGCUGAGUAUGAAGACAAGACCAAAGUCGAGACUCGCACUAUUGAGGAAAUGGUUCUUGGAGUGCGCGAGCGCCUUGUCGAGUCCAUUCGCCUCAGACUUCGCGCCGACGUGCCCGUUGGGAUCUACCUCUCAGGCGGUAUUGACUCCUCCGCCGUGGCGGGCAUCGUCACGGAACUAGCCAGGAAAAAUCACGUCAAGAUUGGCAACGAAACCGCCACGCAAGUCACCUGCUUCAGUGUGCGGUUUCCGCAGGAGACCGGCUAUGACGAGUCCAGCAUCGCGGACCGCACGGCGAAAUGGCUGGGCGUUGAGACCAUCAAGAAAGACGUUACGGAAGAAUCCCUUGCCAAUGACUUUGCCGACACGGCGUUCCACUGCGAGCACCACCACUUUGACCUCAACAGCGUUGCGAAAUUCGCCUUGUCGACCUUGCCCCACGAGCACGGAGUCAAAGUCGUGCUAACUGGCGAAGGGUCCGACGAGCACUUUGCCGGAUACCCCUACUUCCCGUGUGAAUUCCUCCGCGAGCCGGACCUGUCGCAGCCGGACUCUCUCUUAGCCAGAAACCACAAGCUAAGGAAAGAAAUGCAGCAGGCCGCGAGCACUGAGAUGAACGCCAUCUGGCGAGCCAUCGGAGCCGACGUGUAUGAAAGCACGGCCGACAGUGCCAACCUCUUGGCCGACGUCAACGGCAAUACGAUGCCUCAGAAUCUCCUCUCCUGGCACCCGUCCAUGGGAUUGUUUGCCCCAUGGGUGCACGAUCGAUACAAAUUCAAGCUUGACUGUCGACGGACAGUCAUGGCUGCGCACUCGACCGAUGUUCGAGACAAGAUGCGAGAGCGCUGGCACCCGCUCCAUACGGCUCAGUACAUGUGGAACAAGAGCUCUUUGGCCAACGUGCUGCUGUCCUGCCUCGGCGACCGUACCGAGAUGGCUCACAGCGUCGAGGCAAGAACACCUUUCCUCGACCACCACCUGACCGACUAUGUCAACGCCUUGCCCCCCAGCGUCAAGCUCGCCUAUGCGGUGCCGGAAGAGAACGGUGCCGGCGAGGGCGGCAAGGACGACGUGCUCUGGAAGAGCGCCGGUUCGGCCUUGCGCUCUAUGACCGAGAAGUGGAUCUUGCGCGAGGCGGCCCGCCCGUACAUCACCGAAGAGCUUUACCUGCGCAAGAAGCAUCCGUUCCUGGCGCCCACGAAGUGGCCACGGGAUGGUCCACUGCACUGCAUGUUUCGGAGCCUCUUGACUCGCAGUGCCGUAGAUGCUCUUGGCUUCGUGGACCACGCAGUUGUCGAGGACGCGCUUGAACGAGCUUUCGGCGAUGCUGCCGACGCGAAAUCGUUCCGAGUGCUCUGCUAUGUCGGCUCUUGGGUAACCCUGGCGCAGAGGUUUGGCGUCAAGAAGGCUUCUGUUGGGGAUUGGGCCUGA